AUGGUUGCAGGAAAGGCCAAGCGGUCCGUAUCACCACCCUGGUAUCCCAUCUCCGAUAAGAUAUCUCAUCUCCUCGCCCAAAUCGAGGCCUUCUACAAGAGCUUCAUCCUCGAUAUGACUCUUCUCAACGACUUUGCUCCUCAAGACUAUGACGAGAUAACCGCCUGGUAUAUCGGCCUGCAGGAGAACCGUGGGGGAGCCUUUAAGACCGGCCCAGUUAAACUCAUGAAUUAUCUGAUGGAUACGUGCAUAUAUUGUCGUAAUGCAGCAUUCACCCGCGAAUAUACCGACAAUCCAAAAGACUGGGUCAAAGCGUUCUUCGCAGAGCUUUAUGCGGCUUACGGAGAGGAUGUGCCUAUGUGUUGUGAGUUGGCAGUUCUACAAUUAAUAUUCUUAGUACUAGUCAUACUCGGGAUCGGAAGUAACCUACUCAAGUAUCAUUUAACCAAUAAUAUUACAGCUUUAUCAAACCGGUUAGCGUCAAUCAAGUGGGGCAUGCGGUCGAGUGACACCCCAUGA